CCUUCCUCCCCUCCAGCAUCACCACCGCGCACAUUGGCGCGCACCAUCCAUGUGCAUCCACACACUUUACCCCUUAUUUUACUUGGGAAUGGACAAGCGGAUAUCUGCUUUUAAAAACAUGGAUUCAAUCUUGCUUUUUCUUCUCUGAUUCUACUUUUCCCCCCUGCCCGCGCUCUCCAUAUUUCGGUGUCGACGGGUGUCUUGAGCGCGCCGUUCCCAAAACUGGAUGUUUAUUAGUGACUCUCGCCUGCAAAACGUCCUCAUGACUGAGCUCGGCUGCGGGCACAGACCGGGCUGCCCACUCGGGAAGACCCGCGGCUAAAGUUUGCAGGGGUUGCAGACUGGCCUGGAUUUGAGUGGAUAUCUGUCUCCAAACUGCUUGGAUUUACGCAGCUAUAACGUCCUGUCUUAAACCAUGAAGACCACUAUUGCCGAUGGGGGGCGGCUCCUGGUUCUGAUCAUGUGGCUGAACUUUGCACCUCAAAGCGACGGCUGCCCUGCGAAGUGUGUGUGCUACAUUGAACCACUGCCAACGGUGGCAUGCCAACAACAAGGACUCUUCUCCAUUCCUACUGAGAUACCUGUGCGGAGCCAACGAAUCUUCCUUCAAAGCAACAAGCUCACAGUUGUAAGAUCCACAAGUUUCAGCUCGUGCCAAAAUCUUACCGUCCUGUGGCUCUACUCUAACAACCUUAGCCACAUAGAGGCUGGUGCUUUCUAUGGUUUGGAGAAACUGGAAGAACUGGACAUUGGGGACAAUAGUAAUCUUCGCACAAUCAGUCCCACAGCCUUCCGAGGGUUAACUAAACUGCACACGCUUCACCUGCACAGGUGCGGUCUUUCAGAGCUGCCCGUCGGGGUUUUCCGAGGAAUGUUUUCCCUACAGUACCUUUAUUUGCAGGAUAACAACAUUCUGACCUUGCAUGAUGACACUUUUCUGGACCUUGCCAACCUUACCUAUCUCUACCUGCACAAUAACAAGAUCAAGAUAGUGACUGACAACAUGUUCCAUGGUUUAAUCGGUCUCGACCGUCUGCUGCUUCACCAGAACCGUGUCGUAUUUGUUCAACCAAGGGCUUUCAGUGAUCUGGCCAAGCUGAAAUCCCUGUUUUUAUUUUUCAACAAUCUGACAGUCUUGUCGGGGGAAACGAUGGAUCCGCUCACCAGUCUCCAGUACUUGCGCUUAAAUGGGAACCAGUGGAUUUGCGACUGCCGGGCCAAAACCUUGUGGGAGUGGUUCAAACGUUUCAAGGGUUCCAGCUCUGAGUUGGAGUGCGAUGUUCCAGAAUUCUUGGCAGGAAAAGACCUGAAACGACUGAAAAGCGAAGACUUGGAGGGAUGUGUAGAAACACCGCAAAUCCAGACCAAUCUCUUCACCUCCAAGGCCCAGUCCGGAAAGUUCCCUUCCACUGAAAAUCCUCUCGGUGAUACGAUGCCACGGUGUUGUCUGGGAGAUAACGACAAGUCUUCUAUUCUGUCUGGCAAGAGUCGCCAAAUUAUCAACAACCCCCUGAAGGAAAAGGAAAAUAUGUCCAAGACGAAAUUUAAAGAUCCUGAAAGAACGAAAAAUGACACCCAGAACAAGCAGAACGACGGCCCUCUCGGAACCUUAUCCAACACCCUGGACAAGACUUUAGAAAAUAUGAACCCUAACCUAAUAGACACUCUAGAAUCAUCUACAACCUCAAACAAAAAGAAAAAGAAGUGCUCCAAAAAGCCCAGAUCAGACACCCACUGCAUUAAAGCCCGGGGCGCUACGUUGCAAGUGCUGCGCUUUCUCCUCAUUCCUACGAUCUGGAUCUCUCUCUAGCCAUGUCUUAGAACUCCUGAUAUCAUUCUAAAUGCAGAACUGAAGAUUGUGGAUGCUCAUGACAAUGAUAAGAGAUGACACAGUGGCAUCUACAACAGAUAGUGACUGAAAAGCGAGUUGCUACGAGGACAAGCCGAGAUGAUGAUAGAGUACAUUUAACAAAAUGGAUGCCUUUACAGAACAUUACAGAAUUGAUGUAUAUAAUGAAUCGGUGCCCAAAAUUGUUUGUUCUAUAUGUACUGAACUGUUCUGUGUCUAAGCUACGUUUUGGAGAUUUCCUUCCUCAUUUCCCCUUAAACGCUUCUAGAGACCACCAAGAAACAGAGUUUUAAAGAUAUAAAAGAAAUCCCACACGGUAAGCACACGACGAAUGUUGGGUCCAUUUAAAAAGGAACCCCUGCCCCCGAUUAUUUAUUGAAAGUGAUGCAUCUGUUGGGUAAUGUUGUUUUUUGUUUAAAACAAAUGUUGUUUUAUCUUCCUCCAGUUUGUUUUAUUUUCAUGAAAGAAAGGAUAUAUGGGUAGCAUUUGCCAAACGGAUGCUGUCAAUUUGUUUAUUGCAAUGGAACCAUAGAUAUGCAUUUUAUUUUAAUUGUGUACAAGUAUGAAUAUAUGAAUAAAAGUUAUUUCGUAGAUAUUUUUUUUAAGUUUGGUCUUUUUUUUAGGUAGGUUAAUUCCGCAAGGAUACAGUUUCUUUGAAUGUUGCCAAAUAAAUGUUUUACUCUUAAAUCAUUCACUGUUAUUGAUGACAAUAGACGUCUAAUCCAUUUUGCUGGCUGUGCAAGGGCGU